CGAUAUUUAUAUAAAUAUGAUGAAAAUCUCCAAAACCGUACACACAAGCUGCGCUUGUUGUAGAAGACACAACAAAUUGGGUGGCCAGCGAUUAGCUAAUCGAUAUGGCUACUUUUAAGAAAUUGGCUAUGUUAGCCAUCCUAGUAGGCAGCUGCCAUGCCGGCGGGUACAGUCAAAGUUCCAGUUCAGGAUACCACUACCCUCAAGGAAGCUCGUAUAGCAGUGGACUCUCGGCUCCCGCAUCGUUGCCUGCCACUUCGAGCUUCUCACCGAGCAGCUUCCCCGCUGGAUCUCUACCCUCAGCUACAUAUUCCGGCUCGAGCGGAUCCAUUGGAGAUUUCAGCCACAGUCUGGGAUCUAGCAGUCUUGGAUCCAGUGGCCUGAGUAGCUUUGGUUCAAGCGGCCUUGGUGGAUCAUCCAUCAUCGGAGGUUCUGGCCUUGGAGGAUCCUACACAGGAUCACUUGGCAGUGGCAAUCUCGGAUCUCAUGGAGGAAGCAGCCUAGGUAGCUCCAUCCCGUCUGGUUUUGGAGGUUCCAUCGGAUCUGGAAUUGGUAGCUCGCUUGGAGCACCCCUCGACGGCUCUUUUAGCGCACCUGGUUUUGACUCCGGAAUUGGCGGAUCAAACUUAGCCGCUCCACUCGCUCCAUCUCUGCCUCUGCCUGCAACUGGAUCUCUUUCAAACGCAGGUGCGAUUGAUGGGUCCGCUCCCACCGUUCCAGGCGGCGAAUCUCCACCACCUGGACCUAAGGCUCCAGUCAUCACAUCUAUUCACGGAUUGGCUAAUGGCAAUGGAGCCCCGACCCAAUACCGUGUCAGAGAGGAACCUUACCAAGUCUUCAGGGAGCAAAUCCACCGAGUACCCCAGCCGGUGCCCGUGCCCGUGCCGCAACCUGUACAAGUCCCAGUCCCACAGCCUUAUCCCGUGCAAGUACCAGUGUAUAAGGACGUCCCAGUGCCCGUUGUAAGGAUCCAGAAAGUCAAGGUUGACAAGCCAGUACCUUACCCAGUCGAAAAAAUUGUCAAAGUACCCGUAGAGAGGGUAGUAGAGGUUCCUGUGGAGCGUCGCGUUCCUAUUGAAAAAAUUGUGAAAGUGCCCGUUGUUAAGCUGAUCAAGGUGCCGUAUCAUGUGGUAAAGAAGUACCCAGUCCCUGUGUUCAAGACCGUGCACCAUAAAGCGGUGGAACACCAUCACUCUCACGGCUGGCAUGCUUCCCCGCCUCAUGCUCAUGCUCACUACGGCAUUCAUGACCACCACGACAUUCACGACCAUCACGAUCUUCAUGGCCAUGACGACCACCUCGAUAUUCAUGAUCACGAGCACGACCUGCACGACCACAGUAGCCUCGGACUCGACCAAGGAAUUGACCACCACCACGGCUGGAACUAACAUAGAAAAUAUCGAAUCUCAUUUGUUUUCAUAGGUCUCUCCAUAACAUGAAGACUGAAGUUUAAUGAACCUCAUUUUUUGUUAUACAUGUUUUGUAAAUAUUCAUAUUAUCAUUGCAACUUUAGCUCAUCGGGGCUGCACUCUAGGGUGAUAACUAAGUCAUUAAUUAGGAUAACACAAAGUUUUUUUGUAAAUAUUUAGUAAUAUAAGGAAUAUAUUACUGUAAUACAACAAUUUGUCCAAAGA